GGGGACACAGUCCUUUUUUCCUUUCUUUUCUUUUCUUUUCCUUUCUUUUCUUUUCUUUUCACGUGUUGGACGCCGGGUUGAGGAGACUCGAUCUUCAAUUCGUCGAUGAUCAACAGCAAAAAGAAGAACCCACCGACGAUAUACAGACAUAUAUACAUUAUGCGUACAUGUAUGAUACUCCUGAUCACUCUUUGGGCACUUAUAUCCUAAACUUUACUUUCCGUCUCCUUUUUCUUUCCCUCCAAACAAACAUAAAAGCGCGCAACACCCACAUACGAUCAAGCAGCAAGGGGGUAGCUAGCGCGCGCCGGAGGAAGGAGAGCUCGCUCGGUCGAUGGGUAGUGUUUAAAUUAGGUAUAUGCAUGUAUAGGAGCAAUUAAUCAGGCUAGCAGCUAGCUAGGCGAUGGGGAACUGUCUGUUCGGAGGACUGGGAAUGGGCGGCGAAGAAGAAGAACCAAUAAGAGUGGUGACGUGGAACGGCGGCGUGAUGGAGCUGGGAGCGCCCAUCACGGCGGAAUGCAUCACGGCGGAGUUUCCCGGGCACGGCAUUUUCAGAAGCCACGACCUCUUCUGGAAACCGCUCCCCCACCACCACCACCUCCUCCCCGGCCACUCCUACUACCUCCUCCCCCUCGUCCUCGACCUUUCCUCCCACGGCACAGGGGUAGGGGAAGACCACAGUAUUGGAGCACAGGUGGGGCACGUGAGAUCAAACAGCAUACCAACAACGACGUCGUUUGGGGGGAAUGCUCCGUACAGGAUGUCGUUCGACCAUCCCAGCCACCGCCAAGGACUGAUGCAGCUGAAAAGGUCUCAGACGGAAGUGGUCUCUGCUUCCCGAUCUUCUUCGUCUCUGUAUAACAACAAAAUUAUUAAUAACAAAAGCGAGAACACUAAUAAUGUUUUCAAUGGCGGCGGAAUUUGGAAGGUGAAGCUGGUGAUAAGCCCAGAACAACUGCUGCAGAUUUUGUCCCGAGAGGCUUCUACCCAAGAGCUGAUUGAGAGCGUGAGAACCGUCGCCAAGUGUGGGAACUACGGCCUCUCCGCCUUCCCUUCUUCUUCCUCCUCCUCCGUCGCAUUUUCCGACGACGAUCACUGCAGCCUCUCCGCCACCAGCUGCCGGAUUCCCGCUUCCUAGGUAGAUAGCUACCUAACUGCCUCAAGAUCGGAAGACUCGUAAGGAAUGACGUCUUUAUAUAAGAUUUAAAAUUCUCCGAUCACAGGAUGACUUUAGUGUGAAUCCGAUAUCUUGCGAUUGAAAGAUUCCAAAUCUCCUGUUUCUUGCUAGCUUAUAUAUAUUUAUAUGGCUUCUUACUCAAUUGAUAUUUAGACUGCGUUUUAACUUGUAGUUAUCUCGGGUUUCUAAGUUUGCCAUAAUUUAAUUUAAUUUUUCUGUAUUGCAUUAAUAUUUUGUUAAAUUAAAAAUUUUUGGAUUUGACUGGAUUGUAUGGAUAUAUAUGUUUUGUGCU